AUGGAUCCAGCAUCAUUAACGCUGGCAGUCUUCGGAACGCUCGAUCUUUGUCUCAGGUACGGUCAAGAGCUUAUAUAUUUUUGUCGCGAGCAACGCCGAUUAGAACGCGAUCUGGAGGACAUCGCACUAAAUGUUGAGGGUAUUUGGAUCAAAACCGAAGUCCAACUCGACUCAUUGAAACGCUUGUGGGAUUCAGGCUCUCUAGCGCCCACUUUGCAGGUUCAUUAUGCCGACGCAGUUCAGCGACUGCGAAUCAAAAUAUCGACCGCUGCCAGUGAUUUCACGACAAUCUACCCGCGCAGUAUCGCUGCGACAACCCUUACCCAGAAGGCGAAGGUCGUAUAUUUGAAAAGACGCCUGCAGGAGGUCGUGAAAGAUCUGGAGGAUUGGCAACGUCGCUUUGAUCCCUCAUGGUAUCUUAUCACUCGGAUCGCUGAAUCCAAGGUGGAUCGCGAACUAGAGAGCCAGACAAUUACCAAAAGCCAUGAUUCCUCCGCUUCGAGGCUAGCCGAAAUCAGAAAUGCCAUAAAGCAGUCCUCGUCACAUCAAAAUGAAGCCUCAAGUUCCGUCUUUGUCAAUCCUGACAUGAUAGAAGCAGAUGCUGAGAGAAUUUCGGGGACAAGUACUUAUCUAUCGUGGUACAAAACCAACGGUCGGCGAAUUCUGCUAGACAGCACAAAUUUUGCGGGAACAAAUUCUUCGGCAAGGAGAGUUCAUGUCCGAGAUCUAGCACGACUCUUGCUUAACGUGGAUCCGAUGUCAUUUGGUCUCCUCAGAUGCGAAGGUGUGCUAGAGAGACACACAAACCAAGAUACCCAGUUCCAGUUCAUCUUCGAGAUACCCAAAGGUCUAGAUUCACCAAAAACCCUACGAACUCUCCUAAUAGAGAAACAAGAGUGUUCAUUAAGCCAUCGCGUUCAACUUGCCAAGCAGCUAGCUCGAUCGGUGAUGUUCGUUCACACAAGCGGAUUCGUACACAAAGGUAUCCGACCCGAGACCCUCAUCAUCUUCUCCCAGGAGAAAGAGGACAUGGGCCCCUCAUUUCUGAUCGGAUUCGAACAAAUCCGACGCGCUGAAGCUCAAACUAGUUUUCUGGGCGACUUGAAAUGGGAAAGGAAUCUUUAUCGUCAUCCCGUUCGACAGGGAUUAUGGUCCGAAGAAGCUUUCACGAUGCAGCAUGACAUAUAUAGUCUUGGCGUGUGCCUCCUUGAAAUUGCCCUUUGGCGCUCUUUUGUGUGUCUGGAGGGUGAUUCUAUCACGCCCUGGUCGGAGCUGGAUAUUGAUUCGGCUAUUCUUGAUAAGGAUGCCAAGAGAGGGGGUUUCGCUAUCAAGAGGCGGCUUACUGCAUUGACCAAAGCACGAUUACCCAGUUUGGUUGGAGAUCGAUAUACUAAUCUGGUCCUUGUUUGUUUAUGCUGCCUUGAUAGCGGUGACGAUAAUAUCUUCAACAUGCAAGGUCUUGACAUCAAAGAUGAAGAUGGUAUUAUCAUAGGUGUUCGAUAUAUUGAAAAUAUACUCCUGAAGAUCGAGGAAUUACUGGUUUGA